AUGAAAGAAGCGGAAAAUUUUCGUCUUUUACGUGAACAAGCUGAUAAGAUAUCACCACGUGUAUUUGAAGACGAUAAUAAUCCAAAGCAUUCUUCCGAUGCUAUAGCUGCUUCAUUAAAUAUGUCAUCUGAUCCAACUCUUCGAUUGAUAUGGAUGGAUGCUAUAGAUUUGCGUGAUUUACAAGAUCAUUCGGAGCAAAGUGAAUUUCUAGUGCUAAGAAGACUUCUUGGCAUUGAUCGUAUAUCAUAUGAUACACUUUCACGAUAUCAUAUUAAAGGACAUUUGGAUAAUUUUAUGAGAGCUGGUUUGUGUUAUCCAAGAUAUCGAGGACCUAGUAGUCGAGUACGAUUACCGGCAGGAUUAAAAAUUAUUCGAAAAGUUGGUACUGAUUGUUUGGAGAAAGAAAAUUAUCCUGGUUCAGAUAGUGAAGGAAAAUUACCAUUUUCGGGAAUUUUUGGUUAUCAUUUGGUUACGGCAUCAGAUCGACGUAUUGUGUUAACUACAAAUGAACGUGAUGCAUUAGCAGUAUUUGAAGCUACCGGUGGAAUGUUAUGUAUAGCAUUACCAAAAGGUGAACAAUUGGAUACAAGUGUGCUUCCAUAUUUGGAAGAUUUCGAUAUGGUUUAUCUUUGGUUUCCUUAUGUUCAGGAAAAACAUGCAAAAGAUUAUGCAUCAUUAUUGAAUGCUAAUCGUUGUUUUAUUGUUGACAAUCAUGAACGUCCAAUUGAAUUGUUACGUUCGGAUCGUAGACGUGAAAUUAAUAAAGCAAUUCGAGAUGAAUCAAUUCGUUUACGUGGCAAAGGAUUUCGAUCAUUAAUUGAUGUACGAAGUGAAUUGAAAUCGGAGCUAAUUAAGGAUCAGAUGAAGAUGAAUGGUGUUGCGCAGUGGAAACGAUUUGAUUUGUUGAAUCGAUUUAUGCGCGGAUUUCGACCGGGCGAGAUGACCGUUAUAACAGGAGGUACUGGUUUCGGCAAAACAACAUUCCUUUGCGAAUAUGCUCUUGAUCUUCUUGUUCAAGGAGUUCGUACUCUAUUCUGUAGUUUUGAAAUGCCGGAUGAAAAAAUUCUGAAAUGGAUGCUCGUACAAUUUGCAGCAUUACCAUUGUAUAAAGUAGAACAUCAUCCAGCUGUUGAAUUAUGGAUUGAUCGUUUUGAACGUACAAAAGGCGAAUUAAUUAUUAUGAAAGCAGAUGAAUUCCGAAAUCGUUCUGUUAGCCAAAUUGCUAAUGCAAUAAGAAAUCAAGUGGUAGCAGGUGAAAUUGAACAUGUUGUCAUUGAUAAUUUGCAAUUUCUAGUAGGUCUUGCAAUUCUAAACGAUGAAACAGCAAAUUCAUUUGAACGUUUUCAUCAACAAGAUCGUUUUAUUGGUUUGAUGCGAAGUAUUGCUACUGAUUGUAUGACACAUAUCACAAUGGUAGUUCAUCCUCGAAAAACUAACGGUGGCGAAGAUCUUGAUGUACAUCAUUUUGGAGGUUCAGGACGUGUUACACAAGAAGCAGAUAAUGUUUUUGCAAUACAACGACGACGAGAUGAAGCAGAUCGACGUAGAUUUCGCAAAUUUUUAUAUAUUCUAAAAAAUCGUUAUGGUCAGAGAAAAGUUGAAGAUGAUAUGAUUGAGAUGAUUUUUCAACCGGCUACAUAUACACAUACACUGAUUGACCUAUCAUCAACAACAGGUCCAACAAGUUCAUCCUCAAAAUGA